AUGGUGACUGCAUAUUCAGCCAUACUUGCGGUCUUGGGCCUUGGAUUAAUUUUAAGAGAUUGUAAAUGUGUUAUCAAGUAUGAAGAAGACGAAGCCCUGCCUGAUACCCCUUCCUACUUGGCCAACUCAUUCUUGGAUCUUGAUUGUAUGAUUAAAUUGGAUGGUGCUCAUGCUGAUCUAAAAUGUACCAUUAUCAGUCUCAUUGAGGCAGCAAUGCAGGCCAGCUUUGAUAAUAAUGCAGAGGAUGAAGAGGUCAAGAAUGUUGUCGAGAAGGAUAGUGAGGACAAGGAGGAUGGGGACAACAAGAAGGAUGGGGAGAACAAAGAGGACAAGGAGAAUGAGAAGGACAAGAAGGAAGGUGACAAGAAAGAGGGGUCAGGGGAUGAGCUACAAGAUGCAGAGGGAGAUGUGGAUAUACAGAUGCAGGAGGUGCAGAAGAAUGAUAGCUGUAAAUCAGAGGCUGAACAGAAAGAGAAGAAGAGGACUAGAGCUCAAUUAUCCUCAAGACAGGCAAAAAAGAUGAGGAUCGAGGAGGAGCCUAUGUGUAGGUUAACUAGAACUAGGCAACCCUCCAAGAAGGUGAUGCAGAGGUAG